CUCAGGAGCUGUGUGAGUGCAUGUCUGUGUUUGUGUGUGCGCGCCGGUGUAAAUCUGGCAGCGCGCAGUGGUUGCAUUUCCUCGGGAAAAAGCGUGUUUUGCUCUCUGCCCGUCUUCUUCUCGGCGCUCUCAUCCAGGCAGCGCUAAAGAGAAGCAGUUUAAAAACAACAACAACAACUCAUUUUUGGAAUAAGAAACGCAUUGCUGUUUUCUGACUUGGAUGAAAGGGACUCCUCUGGAAUUUCCUUAGGAAUUAAAUCUUAAAGCCCUGUUACCGAGUGCUUUACCGUUCAACCGCUACGGCGUGUAUAAUGUGAGCGACUAUCGCACACUAGGGAAAUUCAGGGGAGUUUUGUCUUCUUUCUGGUCUGAAGCAGCAAUAGCAACUCUUAUUCCAAAUAGGUGGGUAAGAGGGUGGGCUUCUGUUUCGGCGAGGUGCACCGGAGGCAUCGGGACAGCAUGUCGGCACGUGCGUGACCCCAGCCUCAUUUUCCGUUCUCUUUCCUGAGACGUCGGUGACGGCGACACGAGGCCUGCGGCAGGUCUCAGGAGAGAGAAUGUUCCUUGACUUUCACACCGAACACCUCAAGCUCUUGAACUCCUGGGAAGUCUGCUUGAGCGCUGAAAGGCUGUGACUCCAUUCUCUGCAUCUGAGAAAUCAGAGCGGACUGACUCACAGGGCUCUGUGAGCCAGCGCCACCGAGGCUGCCAAAGCAUGCUGGUGCCAAGCUGUCCCACCAUGCGCCGCGCCAGGCCCGCGCUGAUGCUCAUCGCCCUGGGUCUGCUCGUCCACCUCGCCGACGCUCAAACGCCGCCAAAGUUUUUACGGACGCCCAACGACCAGACGGGCGUGCAGGGCGGCGUGGCCUCCUUCAUCUGCCAGGCCACGGGCGACCCGCGGCCCAAGAUCGUGUGGAACAAGAAGGGGAAGAAAGUGAGCAACCAGCGAUUCGAGGUAGUGAUCGAGUUCGACGACGGCUCCGGCUCGGUGCUGCGUAUCCAGCCGCUGCGCACACCGCGUGACGAGGCCAUAUACGAGUGCGUGGCCUCCAACAGCGUCGGGGAGACCAGCGCCACCACCCGGCUCACCGUUUUACGUGAGGACCAGCUGCCCCCUGGUUUCCCCACCAUAGACAUGGGCCCGCAGCUCAAAGUGGUGGAGCGAACUCGCACCGCCACAAUGCUCUGUGCCGCCAGUGGCAACCCGGACCCGGAUAUCUCCUGGUUUAAAGACUUCCUUCCCGUCAAUACAACCAACAACAACGGGCGCAUUAAACAGCUCCGAUCAGAAUCCUUUGGUGGUACGCCAAUAAGAGGAGCCCUGCAGAUUGAGCAGAGCGAGGAGUCGGACCAGGGAAAAUACGAGUGUGUGGCCACCAACAACGACGGGACGCGCUAUUCGGCGCCGGCCAACCUUUACGUCCGAGAGCUGCGAGAAGUGCGCCGGGUGCCGCCGCGCUUCUCCAUCCCGCCCACGGACAACGAGAUCAUGCCGGGCGGCAGCGUCAACAUCACGUGCGUGGCGGUGGGCUCGCCCAUGCCCUACGUCAAGUGGAUGCUGGGCGCCGAGGACCUGACGCCCGAGGACGACAUGCCCAUCGGGCGCAACGUCCUGGAGCUGACCGACGUGCGCCAGUCGGCCAACUACACGUGCGUGGCCAUGUCCACGCUGGGCGUCAUCGAGGCCGUGGCGCAGAUCACCGUCAAAGCAUUGCCCAGGACUCCAGGCGUCCCAGUAGUCACCGAGCGCACCGCUACUAGCAUCACGCUGACGUGGGAUUCCGGCAAUCCCGAACCGGUGUCCUACUACAUCAUCCAGCACAAAUCCAAGUACUCGGAGGACUCGUACAAGGAGAUCGACGGCGUGGCGACCACGCGCUACAGCGUGGGCGGCCUCAGCCCCUACUCGGACUACGAGUUCCGCGUGGUGGCCGUCAACAACAUCGGCAGGGGACCGCCCAGCGACGCCGUGGAGGCGAAGACGGCCGAGCAGGCGCCCAGCACGGCGCCGCGCCGCGUCCGGGGACAGAUGCUCAGCGCCGCCACGGCCGUCAUCAACUGGGAAGAACCGGAGGAAGCCAACGGGCAGAUUAUGGGCUACAGAGUGUACUACACCCUGGAGUCCAGCCAGCACGUCAACCUGUGGGAGAAGCAAAUCGUCCGGGGGGCCAACUUUGUCACCAUCCAAGGCCUCAUCCCCAAUAAAACGUACUACAUCAAGGUGCUGGCCUACACCUCGGUGGGCGAUGGACCUCUGUCUCCGGAUCUGCAGAUCAUUGCAAAGACGGGAGUUCCUUCCCAACCGACGGACUUCAAGGGCGAGGCCAAGUCGGAAACCAGCAUUUUGUUGUCGUGGGUCGUGCCGGUCCAGACGGGACAGGAAAACCAAAUCACGGGAUACGAGCUCUUGUACAAGAAGAGGGAUGACAAAGACGAGAGGCGAAUCAGCUUCGAGCCCACCUCGACGUACCUAAUGAAGGACCUGAAGCCCUUCACCACGUACGCCUUCCGCCUGGCGGCCCGUAGUAAACACGGCGUCGGCGCGUACACCAGCGAGAUCUCCGCAGAGACCCCGCAAACACAACCCUCCGGCCCGCCCACGGAAGUCAGGUGCUCGAGUCCCACUUCCACGAGCAUCCUGGUAAGUUGGCAGGCGCCGCUGACGGAAUCGCAGAACGGGAUCAUAACGCGAUACAGCAUCCAGUACGCCGCCACCGAAGGGGAGGACACCGCCGCGCGACACCUCGCCGACAUCCCCUCGGAGAGCUCGCGCUACCUUUUGGAACACUUGGAAAAAUGGACAGAGUACCGCGUGACAGUCACCGCUCAUACAGACGCCGGAGCGGGACCGGAAAGUACGCCGCAACUGGUCCGAACAGAGGAGGACGUUCCUAGCGGGCCACCUCGCAAAGUCGAGGUGGAAGCUGUCAACUCGUCGUCAAUUAAAGUCAUCUGGCGCUCGCCGAUGCCCACCAAGCAGCACGGGCAGAUCCGAGGGUACCAGGUGCACUAUGUCAGGAUGCUUAAUGGGGAGCCCACAGGACAGCCCGUCAUCAAGGAUAUCCUGAUUGAUGACGCCCAGUGGGAAUAUGAUGAUUCAACCGAUCAUGAAAUGGUCAUCUCGGAGUUGCAGGCCGAGACCACGUAUGCCGUUACCGUGGCGGCCUAUACCACCAAGGGCGACGGCGCACGCAGCAAGCCCAAACUGGUUACGACCACUGGCGCAGUUCCUGAUAAACCUCGGCUAAUGGUCAGUACCACCAACAUGGGCACGGCUCUCCUCCAGUGGCAUCCCCCGGCAGUCAGCCACGGGCCUCUGCAAGGUUACCGUCUUCGAUUCGGCCGCAAAGACCUGGAACCGUUGACUGUCAUUGAGUUCCCCGAGCGGGAUAACCACUACACCACCAGGGAGAUCCAUAAGGGCGCCUCGUACACGUUCCGGCUUUCGGCGCGCAACAAGGUGGGCUUCGGCGAGGAGACGGUCAAGGAGGUGACCACCAACGAAGACGUGCCGAGCGGUUACCCUCAGUGGAUCACGGCCGACGCCGCCAGCACGUCUACCGUUCAGGUCAGCUGGCAAGAGCUGCUGCUGGCCGAGCGAAACGGCCACGUCGUCAAGUACGCGCUGCAGUAUAAGGACAUCAACAGCCCGCGCAGUCCCUCGGAACUCUUCAUCACCGCCCCCGAAUCCACAGUGGUCUUGGACGGCCUUAAGGCAGACACCACUUACGAUAUUAAAAUGUGUGCCUUCACCAGCAAGGGUUCUGGUCCCUAUAGCCCAAGUGUCCAAAUCAGGACACAGCCUUUGGAUCAAGCAGUGUUUGCAAAAAAUUUCCACGUGAGAGCUGCCAUGAAGACGUCCGUGCUGCUUACGUGGGAGAUUCCCGACACCUACAACGCCGCUCAGCCUUUCACGAUCCUGUACGACGACGGGCAAAGCGUGGAGGUGGACGGCAAGCUGACGCAGAAGCUGAUCACGGGGCUCCAGCCGGAGACGCAGUACUCUUUCCUGUUGACUAACCGCGGCAACAGCGCCGGCGGCCUGCAGCACCGCGUGGCCACCAUGACGGCACCAGACAUCCUCCGCACCAAGCCCUACCUGAUCGGCAAGACCAACUCGGACGGCAUGGUGACGGUGGAGCUCCCUUCGGUGCAGACGUCGGAAAAAGUGCGGGCGUACUACAUCGUGGUGGUGCCCCUGAAGAAGCAGCGCGGCGGCAAGUUCGUCAAACCCUGGGACAAUCCCGACGAGAUGAAUUUAGAGGAGCUGCUGAAGGAGAUAAACCGCACGAGCAGAGCCCUCCGGCUCCGCAGGCAGGCGGAGCCCGAGGCGUACAUCGCCGCCUACUUCCGAGACCUGCCCAAAGACUUCACGCUGGGUGACGGCAAGUUCUACGGCGACUUUGAAAACAAGCAACUGCAAAGCGGCCAGGAGUACAUCUUCUUUGUGCUCGCCGCUCUGGAAAUAUCUGACAAUAUCAUGUACGCCACCAGCCCGUACUCCGACUUAGUAGUUUCGGCCGACAUCGACCCCCAGCCGAUCAUCGACGAGGAGGAGGGUCUCAUCUGGGUGGUGGGCCCCGUCCUUGCCGUCGUCUUCAUCAUAUGCAUCGUCAUCGCCAUCCUGCUGUACAAGAGCAAACCCGACAGGAAAAGGGCUGAAUCAGAAGCGAGGAAAGGCAGUCUCCCGAACAGCAAGGAGAUGCCCUUGCAUCACCCCACCGACCCCGUUGAGCUUCGCCGCCUCAACUUCCAGACGCCUGGUACGCGCUCGCCCGGUCACCCAAGUAGCCUCCAUUUGUCAAGUAUGGCGAGCCACCCCCCAAUCCCUGUCAUGGACCUGGCGGAGCAUCUGGAGCACUUAAAGGCCAAUGACAACCUCAAGUUUUCCCAGGAGUACGAGUCCAUCGACCCCGGGCAGCAGUUUACCUGGGAGCACUCCAACUUGGAGGUGAACAAACCAAAGAACAGAUACGCCAACGUGAUCGCCUACGACCACUCGCGAGUCUUGCUCUCCGCCAUUGACGGCAUCCCGGGAAGCGACUACAUCAAUGCCAACUACGUGGACGGCUACAGGAAGCAGAACGCGUACAUCGCCACACAGGGCUCCCUGCCAGAGACGUUUGGGGAGUUCUGGCGAAUGAUCUGGGAGCAGAGGAGCGCCAUCGUCGUCAUGAUGACCAAGCUGGAGGAGCGAUCCAGGGUAAAAUGCGACCAGUACUGGCCCACCAGAGCGACAGAGACAUACGGCCUCAUUCAAGUGACUCUGCUGGACACGGUGGAAUUGGCCACAUACUGUGUCAGGACAUUUGCACUUUUUAAAAACGGCUCCAGCGAGAAGAGGGAGGUCAGGCAGUUCCAGUUCACGGCCUGGCCGGACCACGGGGUGCCGGAACACCCCACGCCUUUUCUGGCCUUCCUGAGACGAGUAAAGGCGUGCAACCCCCCGGACGCAGGGCCCAUGGUGGUCCACUGCAGCGCCGGCGUGGGUCGCACAGGUUGCUUUAUUGUGAUCGACGCCAUGCUGGAGCGCAUUAAGCACGAGAAGACGGUGGACAUCUAUGGCCACGUGACCCUGAUGCGUGCCCAGCGCAACUACAUGGUGCAGACGGAGGACCAGUACGUCUUCAUCCACGACGCGCUGCAGGAGGCCGUCAACUGCGGCACCACCGAAGUGCCCGCCCGGAACCUCUACGCUUACAUCCAGAAACUGACACAGAUAGAGGCUGCAGAGAAUGUCACCGGCAUGGAACUUGAGUUCAAGCGUUUAGCCAACACUAAAGCCCAUACAUCACGAUUCAUCAGUGCCAAUCUCCCCUGCAACAAGUUCAAGAACCGCCUUGUAAACAUCAUGCCAUACGAGUCCACGCGCGUGUGUCUCCAGCCCAUUCGAGGGGUGGAGGGAUCCGACUACAUCAAUGCAAGUUUCAUUGAUGGCUACAGACAACAGAAGGCCUACAUUGCCACACAGGGACCACUGGCAGAAACCACAGAGGACUUCUGGAGAAUGCUCUGGGAGCACAACUCUACAAUUGUCGUUAUGCUAACCAAGCUCAGAGAAAUGGGCAGGGAAAAAUGCCAUCAGUACUGGCCCGCAGAGAGGUCAGCCAGAUACCAGUACUUCGUGGUGGACCCCAUGGCCGAGUACAACAUGCCGCAGUACAUCCUUCGGGAGUUCAAAGUGACGGAUGCCAGGGACGGACAGUCGCGAACGGUGCGACAGUUCCAGUUCACAGACUGGCCCGAGCAAGGAGUGCCAAAAUCCGGGGAGGGCUUCAUCGAUUUCAUCGGCCAAGUUCAUAAAACGAAAGAACAGUUUGGUCAAGAUGGGCCCAUCUCAGUCCACUGUAGCGCUGGCGUCGGUCGGACCGGCGUCUUCAUCACCCUCAGCAUUGCCUUGGAGCGAAUGAGAUACGAGGGCGUCGUCGACGUCUUUCAGACCGUCAAGAUGUUGCGGACGCAGAGACCGGCCAUGGUGCAGACAGAGGAUCAAUACCAGUUCUGCUACAGGGCGGGAUUAGAGUACCUGGGAAGCUUUGAUCACUAUGCAACGUAAAGGACUCAGCAUCAGAGGGAAACGCGGAAAGGAAAGAAAAAACCCAGUUGCGCCUCUCUUCUGAGCCAUAAUUUACUGCUUGAGAACAACUCAUUAAGUGUUGGAUGUGCGACAUGAACCCGUCCCCCCCAAAAAAAAGAUUCCCUGGAGGACCAAGUAUUUCCCCAAUCCAAGUAUAAAACUGGCCUUGUCACUAAGUGAUGGAAUCCGGACCAUUGAAGCACCUCGGAUUUUUUUGCUUCAAGGAUUUCUUUGGGAGCGAACGAACCCGGCACAGAAUGUGACUCGACCCGGGCGAAUGCGUUACGAGAGGCAUCGGAGGAGCGUGGGGAACAUUGUAAAGAAAAAGAAAUCACAAUCACACCCAUCGGUAAAACUCCUGAUGGUACUCGGGCGGACGCUGAUGUUCAAGUAACCCCCUCUGUCUCAAUGUUCAUCAUCUAAAGUUUGCGAGGGGAUAUACAAAAAAAGAUCUAUGGAAUAAAUCAAAUGAUUAAUUUAGUUUUUUAGUACUUUAUUAUACAGCUGAAGUGAUUUUUCUUUUGACACUCUGACAGAAGCAUAUUGACGUACAUGUUUUCCCUUUUUCUUCAAGCUGUUUGUGCAGAAUUUAACAUUUUUGGUUUGUAGCACAGAAAUUGAAAAAAAAAAAAAAGGCUAAGCGCCAGUCUUACCCUUUGACCUCUAUUGUUUCCCGCUUGCAUUCAACGGACACACCUCCCAUCCGAUAAACUGGGGCUUUGUGGAAUCAACAGGGAUGAGCAAAGUAUGAAGUUGCUGCUAUCAAUUAUCUUAGUUCUUCCAUGUCGGGAUGAUUGAGAGGGAUGAAUUGGAUAAGAGAUAUAUCUAUAUAUACGCACCUAAAUAUAUCAAUAAAUAUAAAGUUUACAAGAAAAUUCUGUGGUUGGUGAACGCCUCGGAAUGGUGGGGGAAAGUGAUGUCUCACUGGAAUGCACAUCAGUAGGAGACAAUUCUGAUUCAGUGCAUCUUUUCUCGUGCAAUAAUUGAUGUUUAUUAAGUCACGACACUCCGCCCCCUGCAGGCGUCACGUGGGAAUGUUCAUUAGCUGUCCAUCAACUACCGCUAAUAGAGCAAAGUGUAAAGACAUCUUGUAUGUUAUUUAAACCCAUUCUAUAGUAUUUCUUUUCCCAUUUUGCAUUUAGAGUGCCUUAUAUUUAUGCCUGUUUUUAUACCAUUUCAGUGUAUCGUUUGAGUAUUUAGUGUAUAUGUCAGUAUAUAAAUAUCUGUGUUUAUUUACAGUAGUAUUCACUGUCACAUGAGAUUAUAUAUGCAAACAUUUCUAAACUCUGUUUGUCAUUUUCAGUGGCCUUACCGUGGCUGGGUGGGUGCGACUAGUUCACUGACCUGGAGGGGAAAUUAAGACGUUUCAAGACUUGAAAUGGUCAAAGCGAAGCAGGUCGAAGACAGGGUUAACGCUGCUGUUCAUUCCGACGAGUGGGUCACCCAAGACAGAUCUUGAAAUUUCACACACCCACAUACAUUCGCAAGCCAAAUUAGUCAACGCAAAAGUGUUUGUGGGGGGGGGGGGAUCGUAAUCCGUUAUGUUUUUGGGAUGCCACUCAAAUGCAAUCUUGAAAUUCCGUACACUGAGAAACUAGUAGAUAACAACAGAAGUGGCGUAAAUGAGUAAAAACGACAGCUACCAAAUAGACCUCUUGAGUACGAUAUUUCAAUGUCAUACACUUGACAUGUACAAUCGGUAUUUGAGCUAGUUAAAUUAUAUCAUGUUAACGGUGCUACACACAUUUUUAAUGGUGCACUGGGGGCAGCAGAUGUUUGUUUUUGUUAGGGGUGUGAGCAAAACAUGGAAGCUUGCAUAAGUUUUGUCAUUUUUGGACCAGAUUUUUCAACAACGUAAACAGGGUCCAAAGGAGGAAAGCGUGAACACUCGACUAAACAAAGUUCAACAAGACAUAAUGACCUUUUUUUUUUUUUCUUAUAAACAAUUGCAAUUUCGAAAUUUCGUACGCACAUUUACAUGGCAAAGGCUUUACGUUGAUUGGCAUCUUUUACCACCGUUCGCUUUUUGUGACGGCUUCAUGGAUGUGCAUUCCAGGUCUUUCUUUCCCUUGUAAAUAUAAGCAAUUAUGUUCACUUUUUUUGUUGUUCAUUUCCAGACAUAAAAGUACUGUUAUGUAGUGGCUUAAGUGUUUUUUUGUCUAUGUAAAACGCAUGGUAAAACGUUGCAGGAUGGCCCGAGUCGACCCGCAAAGGAAGAUUUGCACUCUCUCUCUUUGUACUAUGCACUGCCCUAUUGAUUCUAAACCCAAUAAUUACUUGAACCCAUCUAUUGAAGGGGGGAAAAAAAAGAAAGAAAGAAAAGUCUCCUUCAGCGUUCACUUUGUGUAUGUAAAUAACACAAAAAGGUAUCGACUCCAAAAAAAAAAAAACGUCCAUUACAUUGCUGUGGGUACUCCAGCAAUGACUCCGAAAAAUUAUGUCGCCCUGCCCCAAGAUCAACUGCUCAGCUUGGAGUGUCAUUAACAGAAAUAAGCGUUGUGUUCCUCUGCUCUCGCUAUCUAUCUCUCGUCUGGAUGCAUAGACUGAAAAUGAAGUCAUGAAAUUGUAAAAAGAAAAGAAAAAAAAAAAAAAAACAGCUUGUUAAAAAGUUCAUACAAUUACCUCUGAUUAGUUGUAAGCGUAAAGUUUCUUUUUUCUGAAUGAAAGGAGUGCUUUUUAUUUUCUUACUUAGGUCACAUUGGUGGGGAAAGAAGUCUGUAAUGAGAAAUAAAAAAAAAAAAAAAAAAAGUCACAUUUGUUACAAAUGAAUUCUAUUAAAAAAUGUCUGUGUUAUA